GCGGCCGCGGCGGUUUCGCUGGAGCGCGGGGCGGCGGGGCCCCGGCGGCGGAAGAUGGCGGAGCUCGGCAAGAAGUACUGCGUGUACUGCCUGGCCGAGGUGAGCCCGCUGCGCUUCCGCUGCACCGAGUGCCAGGACAUCGAGCUGUGCCCCGAGUGCUUCUCCGCCGGCGCCGAGAUCGGCCACCACCGCCGCUACCACGGCUACCAGCUGGUGGACGGCGGGCGCUUCACGCUCUGGGGGCCCGAGGCCGAGGGCGGCUGGACCAGCCGCGAGGAGCAGCUGCUGCUGGAUGCCAUCGAGCAGUUCGGCUUCGGGAACUGGGAGGACAUGGCAGCUCACGUCGGCGCUUCCCGGACCCCCCAGGAAGUGAUGGAGCAUUAUGUAAGCAUGUACAUCCACGGAAACCUGGGCAAGGCCUGCAUCCCCGACACCAUCCCCAACCGGGUGACCGACCACACCUGCCCCAGUGGGGGCCCCCUCUCUCCCAGCCUCACCACCCCCUUGCCUCCCCUAGACAUCUCGGUGGCCGAGCAGCAGCAGCUGGGCUACAUGCCGCUGCGGGACGACUACGAGAUCGAGUACGACCAGGACGCCGAGACCCUCAUCAGCGGGCUCUCGGUCAACUACGACGACGACGACGUGGAGAUCGAGCUGAAGCGCGCGCACGUGGACAUGUACGUGCGCAAGCUCCGCGAGCGGCAGCGGCGCAAGAACAUCGCGCGCGACUACAACCUGGUGCCCGCCUUCCUGGGCAAGGACAAGAAGGAGAAGGAGCGGGCGGCGCGGCGCAAGGUCAGCAAGGAGGAGAAGGAGCUGCGGCUGAAGCUGCGGCCGCUCUACCAGUUCAUGUCGUGCAAGGAGUUCGACGACCUGUUCGAGAACAUGCACAAGGAGAAGAUGCUGCGCGCCAAGAUCCGCGAGCUGCAGCGCUACCGGCGCAACGGCAUCACCAAGAUGGAGGAGUCGGCCGAGUACGAGGCGGCCCGGCACAAGCGCGAGAAGCGCAAGGAGAACAAGGCGGCUGCGGCGGCGGCCGCGGCGGCGGGGGGCGCCAAGCGGGGCAAGGAGGAGGGCCGAGACGGCGAGUUCGCGGCCAUCGAGCACCUGCCGGGCUUCGAGCUCCUGUCGGACCGCGAGAAGGUUCUGUGCAGCUCGCUCAACCUGAGCCCCGCGCGCUACGUGACCGUGAAGACCAUCAUCAUCAAGGACCACCUGCAGAAGCGCCAGGGCAUCCCCUCCAAGAGCCGCCUGCCCAGCUACCUGGACAAAGUCCUCAAGAAGAGGAUCCUGAACUUCCUCACCGAGAGCGGGUGGAUAUCCAGGGACGCCUCCUGAAGCCCGCCGCCUGGAGCGCCCGGGAUGGACGGACGGACAGAUGGAGGAUGGUCCCCGCGAGAGCACACCGACAGCGAAGAGGGGAAAAAAAAAAAAAAAUCUUUGUGAGCCAAAACGAAACGGGGUGGGCGGGAGGGGGAGAGGAAACGCUUUUCCGCCCCCCCCUACCCCUACCCCACAUUGUUGCUCUUUUUUUUAAACAAAUCGAGUUCUUUUUUUAGGGUAUCAAUUCUUUUCACGGUCCUCUGAAGAAGCAAUAGCAACAGUCGGAUCAAGGGGAAGACAAAACCCAUGUAUAUUUUAACUGAAUCCCUAAACGUAGUACUUUAAGAUGAGGAUUUGCCUUUAAGUGUUCAGUGUGGACACAUGAUGAUGAGAUCGGGAAAUUUACUUUCUUUUUGUUGCUUCCCAGUGGUACAGGACUGUGAGAUGGGCGGAGGGGAGCCCUUCCCUGCCGGCCGCCAGCUCACCCCUGUGACCUGAGCUCCGCACGGCUGCCCUCGGUGGCGGCGGGCAGGUGGCACUUUAGGCGGAGGGCGCGGGCCGCGCAGGAGAAGAGGCCGGGAAAGGGCUGGACGGGCAUCCCUAGGGACUGGCCUGGAGGAAUCUGGUGGUGAAUGGUUUGGCCGAACUGAGCUUCCCCACGACGGCUGGCAGUGGCGCUUUGAGGGAGCUCACCGCGGUGUCGGGGGGAUGCGGGGCCUCCUCCCCUGGAGGUGCUUCUCGCUGCGCUUAGAACUUGGCCGUGUGUUUUACUUGGAAGAACUCAUUUUAAAUGAAGUUCACUGAGAGUUGGGAGUUCUGGGUUUUGGGUCAGCUCCUUCCAGGGUUCUCACCCCAGUGGCAAGCCCCUCUUUCUCUGAGACUGGCCACAUGUCUUGUCUUUUGUGGUGUCAGGCGCUGGGCUAGGCAAGAGGGGCCCUUGUGGCCUGGAGGCCCGGGCACUGCUUCUCGGGGCCGCUGCCUUGAGCCAGACUCCGGCGUGGCUCUGCCCAGCUGGGUUCAGAGAGGCUCUCAGGGGUGCCCUUCCGUGAUGGGCACGGCGCCUUCCGCGGGAACCUGAGGAGUCGUGUGUCCUCCAGCUGCCCGGGGCUCUCGUGUCCAAGGCCCUGCUGUAGAGUCCGUGGAGUGGCCAGACCCCAGUGCUCCUCCAGUCGUCCUGAGGCGCAUCCUGCCUCUCAUCCGUCGUAGCUACCAGACUGUUUACCUCCCAGAAUGCUUGGGCUUGAAGUUACACUGAAGUGAAGGUGUUUGAGAAAAAAGGAAAAAAAAAAAAAACCUCAUCAUUUCCAAGGACAGCUUAAUUAUGGUGCCUUUUCCUUUCACAUCCUUCUGUCUGUCCCCUAGGGUGAACUUCCAGCAUUAAAUAUACACUUCAAGUAUAUUGGGGGCUUCCCUGGUGACUCAGAUGGUACCCAGCUGCAAUGCAGGAGACCUGGGUUCAAUCCUUGGGUCGGGAAGAUCUGGAGAAGGAAAUGGCAACCCA